CGAUAAGGCGCAAGAUGACGCUGCCGCGGGGCGCUGAGCUGGACCCUAGGUUCCUACACCACCAUUUUAGACUACGGUAGCAGCUCGACGUCAUACGUUUAAGCUGAGGUUUAUCUCCCUUUUUACCCCUUCUUCUAAUUAGCUCAACAUUCUUUUGGUGCUCACACGACCCAAAUAUCCCUUGCCUUUCGCCUACGGUAGAGCUAGGUUGUUCGAAGUCAUGAUCUAGAGAACUACAAAUCGACCUCCCCGCGAUAUCUCGAGACGGCGCCGUAUAUAUAACUCGUCUCUCUCGUCUAAUACUGUAAUAACGGCGUCCAUGGCCGACGAAAAUGACCAGUCCCCUGGUUCUGAACUGGGGGAUCCUACCUCGACGACGCCUCAGUCUCUAGCUAAAGCUGUUCAUGCCCGACGAUCGGAGUUCGUGCGUCCACACAGCCUAAAGGUCAAGAUCGGGACGUGGAACGUUGCUGCGUGCACGGGUACUGAUAAAGACCUCGCGACCUGGUUCACACACGGCGAAGGCUUGGAUCAACAAUUGACGUCACUGAAUCUCUCCCAAAAUAGCGCCGUGGAGACAGACGACAAGGACAAUGGCAGUUCGAAGCCGCAUUUGACUGCCGGGGGUGAUAUUGGUCUUUAUGUGCUGGGACUUCAGGAAAUUGUAGACCUCAACACGACCAAGGAGUAUAUGAAUCGAGCAGUAUAUACGGAUACAAGUGUUAUGGACAAAUGGAAAGCGGCAUUGGAAGCAGCAUUGCCUAAAGGAUACGAGCUUAUCACUGCGGAACAAAUGACUGGCUUGUUGCUGUUGGUUUAUGCUUCUCCAGAAAUUGCACCAACCAUUAGCAACGUCAGUACCAAACAAGUUGGUACGGGCCUGCUAGGCUAUUUUGGAAACAAGGGGGCCGUGACGACGCGAUUGCUGCUUGGCGAAACAACUCGCAUGGUUUUUAUAAAUAGCCACUUGGCUAGUGGUGCCGGCUCUUCGUAUUUAGACCGGCGAUGUUGGGACGUCGGCCAAGUUCUCUCACGUACCCAAUUCGACCCAAUCGUUCAUUCAGGCGUCGAGGAAGACGAGGGUGAAAAGAUUGGAGAUGAAGAUCUUGCAUUCUGGUUUGGAGACCUGAACUUUCGACUUGAUGGACUACCUGGCGACGAUAUUAGACGGUUGCUCACGCUGCAUGCUAGAGGUGAAUAUGGAACAGAUGAGGACUCGAAGCCUCUUGAUGAGCGAGGCGUUAUUGUCAUGAAGGGUUCGGACAGCGAUGAUGAGUCUUCUACGAGAGUGUCGCUACAUUCGCGGGAAGAGAGCUUUGAUACCGCGAGCGAUCUACCAGAUCCCGACGAUUUCCCCGAAGACCCAAGCCAGGAUCCCACUUCUCUGCAGGCCACCAUCGAUUCAUUGUUGCCACACGACCAAUUACGAAGAGUUAUUAAGCAACGAAAAGCUUUUCACGAUGGUUGGCAAGAAGGGGCAAUUACCUUUCUACCAACAUACAAAUAUGAUAUUGGUACAGUUGGCCUCUUUGACUCAAGUGAGAAGCAACGAGCUCCAAGUUGGUGUGACCGUAUUCUAUUUAGAACACGAAAGGAUAAACAAGAUUAUGAAACAAAAGUUAAAGAUGAGGAAGAGGCGAAGAAGAAAGAUGAAGAGAUGAAGUCCAGGGGGCUCGAAGAGGAUGAGGACGUGCUAUUUAGUUAUGACCCCGAUGCUGAUGGGGAAGACCCAACGUCAUCAACUGACACUUUGGGAUAUGACGAGUACGAGGAUAAUGAUGAUCCUGAAGCUGAGGAACUUGUUACAAAGGAGGGCUUCCGUGAUCGCAUAAACUUGGAGAUUUACGCCUCGCAUCAACGCAUUACAUCGUCUGAUCACAAGCCCAUCACUUCUAUUUUCACGCUCGACUACGACGCUGUUGUACCGGAUCUCAAAGCAAAAAUCCACGCAGAAGUGGCGCGAGAACUAGACAGAGCGGAGAAUGAAGGCCGACCAGGCAUUACGGUUGUCGUGGAAGGCAGCGAGGGCAAUGAAGAGAAUAUCGUCGAUUUUGGAGAGGUUAUACCCCUGGAAAAGCAGGUUCGGCACCUGACGGUUGCAAAUACUGGCAGUGUUCCCGCGACGUUCUCGUUCGUGACGAAGCCGACGACAGAAGACGGUGACGAUGCUGUCCCUGUAUGGUUGAAAACGACAUUCUUGUCAGCCGAUGAAGAGUCUCAAGAGCCAUUGGGCGAAACAGUCACACUCGAUCCAGGAGAAACAGCAUUAGUGUUGCUAGAGCUCCAAGUCUCGGCCAUUUCUCACAUCCGGGCAUUGAACGAAGCCCGCGCCAAGAUCGAAGAGGUCCUGGUUCUUCGCAUAGAGGACGGUCGGGACCACUUCAUUCCCGUGCGCGGAAUCUGGCAACCGUCUUGUGUAGGGCGCUCUAUCGCAGAGUUGAUAAGAAUCCCUGACGGCGGUAUCAGAAAGUUUGUCGAGAAGAAGGGUAUCAAGGGGGCCAUUGCUUACGACUCCGAUAUCCAUUGCUCAGCACCGAAGGAGCUUUUCAAGCUUACUGAGGUGGUACAGACGCUUGUUGAACGAAGUCUGGCUGAAUCGACGAUGCUUGAGGAGGAAGUGCUGCCGCGGGAUCCUGGAUGGCCCCUUGAGGCUUCGACCUGGAGAGUUGGCGAGGCUGAUAUGCAGGAUGCAAAGGUCAAACUUGUGUCUGCUCUGGAUAAUGAUGAUUUUCUUCUUGAUGCGCUCCCAUUGGAAUGGCCUGCGUCGUUCAAGCUGGAGGUCGUCUCUUCCAUCCUGUUACUCUUCCUCGAAUCUCUCACGGAUGGUCUGAUCCCUACUCAACUCUGGGCCAAGAUCUCAACAUCGUUACCCAACGUGACAUCCUUACCCAUGACCGCUUGGCCCGACACCAAGACACAGAUCCUGGAUAUUCUCUCAUCAGCACCUAACCAUAACAUUGCAUUCGUCUUCCUCACAGCUACUCUGUCCCGGGCAGCAUCAGAGCUCACGCCUGUGACAAACGAACCCAAAGGUGGUCUCUCCCGCCGUCUAAGCUUCCGCCGCGGCAACGCAGAGGAUGAGGACACCAAGAAGCGCAAGAUGCGUGAGCGUAGAUAUGCCGAGAUAGUAGGGCCUCUGGUCUGUCGUGUAGAUGAAAAGGAAAAGGGGUCAAGGGAUCGAGCGCGGACUGUCGUGGAGAUGUUCCUACGGCGGGAUGAGGGAAGCUAGAAGCGGAGGAAUCGCAUGAUACCGUGGAGCAUCUGAGGAUGACGGGAGGGUUAGUAUCUGGUCUUUGACUUUUUGAGUAUUAUAUCAGCUUAGCUUUGUUUCGAUGUAUUCUUUAGGGGUGACAGGGAUACAACAAAGGGAUUAGAGGACGUGGCUUGGACAGUAAUGAAGUCGAACGUGUGAACAACAAAGAUUAAUGGACAUUGUACAGUUGAUAUGAAAUUUUGGGGCCUUUGCGGUGCAGAUUCUAGCUACUUUUUGUUGCAGUUUCUUCCCCACCGGCAGAACAGCAGCGAGGGAAAACACUGCACCUUUUCAACCAAGAUAUAAGUCUCACAUACUACGAUUGAUGAGACUAACAUGUCAUUACACAGGUGGUAUCAUGUUAAUUUC